GUUCUCUGUAAACACAUUUUGUUGACUCUCGGGUAAGUAGUACUGGCGGUCCUCGAGUACUGCUUUAAAGCGCUUAUGUGUAUGCUGACUAGUCGAUUGGUUUAUGUGAAGAUAUAGUGAUUGUGAUGGUGGUGUGAUGUGAAUUGGAUUUUUUUUCUAGUGUUUCACUAAGCCAACAAAAUGGACCAACAAACUGCUUGGAUGCUGGCAUUACAAUUGGUAGCGCUCAUAUCAAUAGCCGGCGCCAUUUUAUUAUAUCUCGUAUGCAAAAUCCGUGGUGGCUCAGAUCCCGCAUGCACAGAGUCUGGUCCUGGAGCCGGUAAAGCCGUCUUGGUCACGUGUUGCGACAAUGCAAUGGGUCUCCAAAUCGCAAUUCAUCUGGCCAACUUGGGCUUCAGAGUAUUUGCGGGCCUAAAACCCGGCCCAGAAAGCGAAUCAUCAGCUUCCGCGCAGGUAAUAAGAGCUUGGCAGAAGCAUCGAGAAACGGUGCAGAAGCAUGGCAAUAUUGUCGCUUUACCCCUAGAUGUCACACGGGAGGAUUUGCUAUAUGAGUCUGUGGAUAUUAUUAGAGCACAUCUACCUGCUGGGGAGGAUGGUAUUUGGGCUGUAAUUUGCACCAACGGUUCCACAUAUCGGAACCCUCUAACGCAACAAAAUAUUGACCAUUGGGAUAGCUUAUUAAAAAUCAACGUUAUCGGCGUUUUACGAACAGCCAGAACAUUUCAAAACCUUCUUAAAAAUUCCAGAGGAAGAAUUUUAACCAUCGGCACAACUGAUAAUAUGGGUAGUGGAUUGGUAGUUUAUGCUGCAAGCAGAUUUGCAGUGGAAGGAGCUAGCUACGCUUUGAAGCAUGAGUUGUCGCCAUUUGGGAUCAAAGUUGUAACCUUAAAUCCUAUGGGGAUUAUGCCUGAGUUGCUGUUUUGUCAACCAAAGAUUUCCAAAAAAAUAGACGCCGACAAAGUGUGCGUCGAAAUAAAUGGUGGAGUGGAGUUUCAACCUCACGUAUUAUCGGCCAGAGCGUUAGAGAUUGUAGAUCAAGCAUUAACUAUCAAAGAACCUAGAAAUAGCUAUAAAUUAGAGUAUAAAUAUAAUAAGUGGAUGUAUCCACUUCAGAUUUUCAAACGUAUUUAACAUUAAUAUUGAUGUGUUUAAUAUUUUAUUGUAUAUAACUGUUGGUGCUAUUAUCUAAUAAAUAGAAUGUAAUUAUUAUA